CAGUGGCACGGAUAGCGGCAUGAGCUACAGUCCACAUCAUCAGCAUUUACAAACGGCGCGAUUGUUGCCACCGCAGCAUCAGCAUCUUCCAUUCGAUCCCCGCCUUCACCAUCAGAACCACAGCUCGCAUCCCCUGCCUCAAAGCUCUCAGCCCCAUCAAUUAUCGACAGCAAAUCGUAUAAUGUCCCGCAUUUUUUAAUAUGAUUUAACCACUGUUAUCAGCACAUACACACGCACCCACAAAGGCAUGGAUAUGUAGUACAUAGUACUCAAAAUAAUGAACCAGAAAUUAUUAUGAAGUUUUUGUGAAUAAAGGCCCGACCCGAUGUAUACACACACACACAUACAUGCAUGUAUAUUUGUAUAUACAUAUGUAUGCGCAUACAUAUGUACAUACCAUGGUGAAUAUGUAUUGCUCUACUACGCUCUAAAUUUCGCCCCAUCUGUUUUCGAACCCAAAAAAGGGUUUUCAACUAGAAAUCCUUGCGUGCUGUCGAAGGUACCUUUAAUUAUCUUCAAUAGAGUUUUUCUUUUCUGACCACCACAUAGUUUUUUAUACAGAGAUACAACCAGAGGCAUUCGAUACCAAAGCAAUAAUCUAAAAAUAUAAAUUAAGUAUACACUAAGUCUCUCACAUGUAUUCAAAUCUGCAUACACACAUAUAUUCAUAUGAAAAUUGCGAAUGUACAUAUGUAUGUAAAUAUGUAUGCAUGAAAAUUAUACUUAGUAUUUUAGUAUUUUAUUUUAAUUUGAGGCCUUACUUGCCUUAUCUGACUUACAUACUUACAUACAUAAAUAAAUAUAAUUUAAUUAAUGUGUGAACUCCUCUGAAAUCUUUGCACUUUCGUUUUCCCCAGUGUAUAUUUAUUUUCAUGCCCAGUGAUUGUUGUAUGUACACGAUUCUUAUGUAUGUACAUAAUUGUAAUUAAAGCAAAGAAAGUAUUA